AUGAGUUCUGCCAAGUCCGCUGGCUCUGUGUUAUUCAAGCCCGGAAUCAGCAUAGAUCCAGCAACAAGCACUCCGUAUAGAGACAGCGAAACCAUGGAUACGGUAUCCGCGCGCCUCGACCCAAAUGAAGCCUACCUUCACUUGAUUGCCAAUCCUGAGAACGCACUGCUCGAUAUCAUAGCUGUCCACGGCAUGAACGUCAAAAAUGAUCGUGGUCACUCGAACAAGACUUGGACCCAUGAGGGGUCCGGUACACACUGGCUGCGAGAUCCGCUCCCAUCGAAUGCCCCACAGGCCCGCAUAAUGACGUAUCAAUACAACGCUAACGUUAUGUUUGACUCGUCAACUGCUGGGGUUCAAGAGCAGGCUGAGAACUUACUCCAACUCAUUUCGGUCAAAAGAGAGAAUGCCCGUUCGCGACCCAUCAUUUUCAUCGCCCAUAGCUUGGGUGGUAUCAUCGUCAAGCAAGCGCUGGCCACAGCAUACAAUGCACCUUCUGGGGAACAUGCCGCGAUCUACGUUUUCACCUUUGCGCUAUUUCUCUUUGGAGUCCCUCACCAAGGAUCGGGCGUUCCACGAAAGUCAUGGGCAUCUAUUGUUAGACAAAUUUUCCAGCUCGGCGGCUACUCGACCAACACCUCUUUUCUGAAUAGUGUAACGGAGGACUCGAACUAUGCGGAGCAAUUGCGGGAUAGUUUUAAACCACUCCUCAACUUCUACAAUGUCUUUACCGUUUGCGAAACAAAAGAAUUGGAUUACUUUGGCAUCAUCGUCCCGAAAGAGUCGGCUAGACUUGGUGCGUCUUCAGAGGACGUGUUUUAUCCAAAUCGCUGUCACCGAACCAUCUGCAAAUUCCGAGAUUCAGACGAUCCGGUGUGGCAGCACGUGUCCGAAAUGCUUUCGCGAGCUGCUGAGAGGGCCGUCAAAUCUACAUAUUACAGCUCAGUCAGCGAUACAAGGGAGGCUAUGAUUUAUCAACUGUCUACAAAUUUUGGAGGUACAAUGGUUGUCAGCCGACAAAAUACACAAUCCAUUACUAAAGUCAUUGAGCAAGCGGAGAAAAUCACCGAGAAACAUCAAGCAGGCCAUUCGAAUACCAAAGACCUUGAUAUAGUUGUUCAGGCUCAGAAUGCCGAUAUGUCUGGCUAUGUGCAGUCCUGGGGCGGUAUCAUCUUGGCUGUCUUGUCGAUCAUUUCUGGAUUUUGGCUGCCAAGCCUCGCCGUCGUCGCAGUGAGCGCUAUUCCACGUCUUCCGAGCCCUGUAGUCGUAACUUAAGAGGCAGAGCGGGGCCUCGAACGCCAGUAAAAAAUCGUUGAUCUCACCAAGCAAGCCAUUGAAGCUCAAGAUGCCGAAUGCCACUCUGCGUUACCGACACAAAACGCUCUCCAGACUUUUUUGGUUCCAGGGGUCAGCUCUCGCACCGUAUCCGCGGUGAACCAACUCGAGUAUGUGCGCUCUCUUCAACUAGGUCUUGACAAGGAAAUCGCGGGAACUGUG